CGGCAUGAAGACCUGGCUCCGAAGGUUGAGGAGCUUCCCCCAACUCGACUUUGAGCUCGCCAUCUGGCAAAUGUGCUACCUCUGUAUCGCGCCGAGACGAGUGUACCGCAACGUCUACUACCACAAGCAGACGAAGAACACGUGGGCACGAGACGACCCGGCCAUGCUCCUCCUCAUCUCGCUCUCCCUCAUCGUUGCCGGUACCCUGUGGUCCAUCCUGUACGCGCAUCACGGCGCCGUCGCGACGCUCAAGACCGUGUGCUCGUUCGUCUUCCUCCACUUCUUCGCCGUCGGGCUCGUCAUCUCGACGUCCCUGUGGGCAAUGGCGAACCGGUUCUUGACGCACACGAGCAACCUGCACGCGACGGACCAGAAGGUCGAGUGGCCGUACGCGUUCGACAUCCACGCCAACUCGUUCUUCCCGCUCUUCCUCCAGCUCUACGUCGCCCAGCUCCUCCUCGCACCCGUCGUCACGAGGUCCAACUGGGUGUGCCUCUGGGUCGGCAACACGCUGUACCUCUCGGCGUUCACGCAGUACGCCUACGUCACGUACCUCGGGUACAACGCCCUUCCCUUCCUCAUCCGCUCCGAGCUCCUCCUCUUCCCCGUCGCCAUCUUUGCCGCCUUCUACAUCGUCUCGCUCCUCGGCUUCAACAUCUCGCACGUCGUCCUCGAGGCCUUGUUCGGCAGGUAGUUCUUCAGGCGGGCAGUGCAGGCGGGCGGGCCUGAGCAAUUCGACUCGGUCGUGCUUCUC